AGGUAAAAAGAAUGGCUACCGAGCACCGUCUUAUGGGGGCUACAGCAAUUUAAUGGGCACUCAUCCCCAAAAAGGAGCUGGUCUAGGUUAUGGCACUGGAUCUGCUGCUAUUAAGGGACAAAACUCAAAUCCUGGAGUUUCUGCAGGAUACACCAAUGGUGGGGCGACCAAGACACAAAGAAAACAAGGAUAUGGAGGAUAUCCUAAUGGGGGUGCAGCUAACCAACCUAAUACAGGGUAUCCCAAUGGUGGAACCAAGGGUCCUAAACCAGGAUAUGGAGGAUAUCCUAAUGGAGGUGCAGCUAACCAACCUAAUACAGGCUCUUCUCUUCAAAAUAUGGGGUAUCCCAAUGGUGGAACCAAGGGACCUAAACCAGGAUAUGGUGCGAUAGCUGGACCCUCAAAUGGACAAGGAUCCAAGCCUAAUGGAUAUGGAGGAUAUCCUAAUGGAGGUGCAGCUAACCAACCUAAUACAGGCUCUUCUCUUCAAAAUAUGGGGUAUCCCAAUGGUGGAACCAAGGGACCUAAACCAGGAUAUGGUGCUAAAGCUGGAUCCUCAAAUGGACAAGGAGCCAAGCCUAAUGGAUAUGGAGGAUAUCCUAAUGGAGGUGCAGCUAACCAACCUAAUACAGGCUCUUUCCUUCAAAAUAUGGGGUAUCCUAAUGGUGGAACCAAGGGACCUAAACCAGGAUAUGGUGCUAAAGCUGGACCCUCAAAUGGAACAGGAGCCAAGCCUAAUGGAAAUGGAGGAUAUCUUAAUGGAGGUGCAGCUAACCAACCUAAUACAGGCUCUUCUUUUCAAAAUAUGGGAUAUCCCAAUGGUGUAACCAAGGGACCUAAACCAGGAUAUGGUGCUAUAGCUGGACCCUCAAAUGGACAAGGAGCCCAGCCUAAUGGAUAUGGAGGAUAUCCUAAUGGAGGUGCAGCUAACCAACCUAAUACAGGCUCUUCUCUUCAAAAUAUGGGAUAUCCCAAUGGUGGAACCAAGAGACCUAAACCAGGAUAUGGUGCUAAAGCUGAACCCUCAAAUGGACAAGGAGCCAAGCCUAAUGGAAAUGGAGGAUAUACUAAUGGAGGUGCAGCUAACCAACCUAAUACAGGCUCUUCUCUUCAAAAUAUGGGAUAUCCCAAUGGUGGAAACAAGGGACCUAAACCAGGAAAUGGUGCUAAAGCUGGACCCUCAAAUGGACAAGGAGCCAAGCCUAAUGGAUAUGGAGGAUAUCCUAAUGGAGGUGCAGCUAACCAACCUAAUACAGGCUCUUCUCUUCAAUAUGUGGGGUAUCCUAAUGGUGGAACCAAGGGACCUAAACCAGGAUAUGGUGCUAAAGCUGGACCCUCAAAUGUACAAGGAGCCAAGGCUAAUGGAUAUGGAGGAUAUCCUAAUGGAGGUGCAGCUAACCAACCUAAUACAGGUUCUUCAGUUCAAAAUAUGGGAUAUCCCAAUGGUGGAACCAAGGGACCUAAACCAGGAUAUGGAGCUAAAGCUGGGCCCUCAAAUGGACAAGGAGCCAAGCAUAAUGGAUAUGGAGGAUAUACUAAUGGAGGUGCAGCUAACCAACCUAAUACAGGCUCCUCACUUCAAAAUAUGGGGUAUCCCAAUGGUGGAACCAAGGGACCUAAACCAGGAUAUGGUGCGAUAGCUGGACCCUCAAAUGGACAAGGAGCCAAGCCUAACGGAUAUGGAGGAUAUCCUAAUGGAGGUGAAGUUAACCAACCUAAUACAGGCUCCUCACUUCAAAAUAUGGGGUAUCCCAAUGGUGGAACCAAGGGACCUAAACCAGGAUAUGGUGCUAAAGCUGGACCCUCAAAUGGACAAGAAGCCAAACCUAAUGGUUAUGGUGUUCCUGGCUAUAUGUCAAAAGGACCAUAUAAAGCAGCUAAUUCAGGUUAUAUGCCUGUAACAACUGGAAAACAGGGUGUUUCCAGUGGAAAUGGACCUAAAGGAGAGAUUUUAAGCCCUGAAGGACAAAGUCAUCUCUCGGUAACAUCUAACACCAAGGGCUUUUUACCACUAUCUGGACGUGAGCCAAAUACAGGAUUACUUCCAGAACAAACUAAAGACCUUUCACCAGUUCUGCAACAAACAAAGGGACAAAAUCUUCAUCCACAGGGCAAAGCCCCCAACUCUAUGGCACCUUGGCCUGCUUCAAAGCCAUUUAUGCAAGGUCCCGGUUCAUAUAAACCUAGUAAAGCUUAUAAACCAAAACCAGUUGCAACAGUAGUCCCUCAAUCAGUCUCUGCAGAAUCAGCUCCCAUUCCUCAAACAUCACAGACAGUUGCACUAGAGCAGGAACAAGUCCUUUCACAGCAACAAAACAUAAGGCCAGUGUUACCACAAUCCAGUAUUUCUUCAAGGGCGCCGUUAGUGCCAGGAUCAGCUCAAUCAACUCCAGAGAUGCAACAAUCCAAGAUUCAAUCAAACAAGCCUGUGCCUCAAAUGAAGAAUCCAAUGACAAAUCCUGAACUCACUCGUCUAGGACAACCAAAUGGACAGAUGCAGGGAGCUAUACCUUCAAAGCCUGAUUGUGGACCUGGAGGACAACCUAAUGGACAAUGGGUCAAACUUCCAAGUCCUGGGUAUCCAAAUGGAAAGGGAGCAGUUGCAUCACAACCAGGCUUUGGAGCAGGAAUGGGUGGUUAUCCAGCUCAUGGUAUAAACAAUGGCUACAAAGCAGGUUAUGGAGGCUAUGGAAACAAAUUGAAAAAUCCAGCUGGACCACAAGGUGAGCAACCAACAGGAUUUAAGGGAAAAUCUCAAGCGAAAUAUGGAAUUGGCGGACUUCCAUUUGGUGGUUCCCCCAAUGGAUAUCAAACAAACCCCUCUGGACAAUAUGGUAAUGAUGGUCAGCGCUAUGGAGCCAAACCCUACAAUCCUAAAGCGUUAGGAAAAUACGGACAUGGUAGUUUACCGUACAACUCUCAGCCUUUACUUCCUGAAUCUGUUGCCAAGUCCCCUGGUAAAUAUAAUUUUGGAGGGUUACCCUACAAUGGCCAGCCACUUGGAUAUGGACAAAAGGGUCUUCAAUAUGGUGGUCAGCCACUUGAUCUCAGGCCUGAUGCUGUGUCUGGAAAAUAUGGUGAAGGUUCUCCAGAAUCCCUGUAUAAUCCAGAAACACUCAGUUUCGGUGGCGAUGCUAACUAUGGUAAUCCAGCAGUGUCAUAUGAACUCCUUGGCCCAGUGACUGAUGGCCAGUCUGUUGAUGAAAACAGAAGCCUGGAGGCUUUGCAUCAAGGUCCUGAGAUUGACGGACAGAAAUCCAUUGACCAAUAUGGAGAUGGAGAGGUUCCACCCCAUCCUGAUGCUCCAGAAGCUGGAGAUGCAAAUGCAGAACCCAUUGAGAAAUAUGGAACUGGGGAUUAUACAAAUGGAAGAGUACAACCAGAAGUUGUCUCAUUCCCUGGUGUUCCCACUGUGGGCCCCGCUCCUCACAUCCCUGCUGUCACCUCAUUAGACGCCACCCUUUCACUGGACGGCUCCUCAACGGUCCCAGUCUCUGUGCCUGAUGUGUACGCUGUUCCUGUCUCACCCAUAAUCCCUCAGCCUGAGCUGCCCACUCUAAUGCUGCAGCCCUCACCACAACAACAGAUCCACAUCCAGCAGCACCUCAAGUUCCACAUCCAGCCCAAUGGAGACUCGCAGACAGGAAAGGAAGGCAAAUACAAAUUGAGUGGAUUCUUUGGAAAUAAAUACCAAGGAUAAUUUUGAAGUGGAAGUUGUUGCUGCAAGAAUGUGUAUCUUCACUUGAUUGCUCUUUUUUUUUACACAAUGUUUCUGUGAAUGUUGUACAUUUUCGGUCAUUUUAUUUGAGUAUUUUGUUCUCCUUGUAUUUUAAUGUAUUGUUAAUAUUUGUUACCUUGCCAUAAAAAUAAACAGCUGCUUGUACAAAUAAAGACAUUUUAGAUGAAAUAUAAUUAUAUCUGAUGCAUCUUUUUUCUUUUUAAAUUCCAUAAUUCCAAAUAAAUCCAUGUUUCUUGUAUUUUAUGUUUUAUGCAUUUCCGUU